AUGGAAGAAACCAGUAACUCUAUCAAGAGAAGCUUACCAGCAGAACCAAACUCUAAUGAAGCUUUCAAGAAAGCAAAGCUUUCGCCAGCAGAACGUGCCCAAAAAGUAGUUCAAGAACAUGACGUUGGUAUAACUCAAUAUGUCAAUGAGGUAAACCGUGCCGGCGGUGGCUUUUUCGGUACUAUUAAACAACUUUAUAGUGAUUUCCUUGUGAAUGAAGUUGAUUUGAAUGACAAAGUUAUUCAUUUAGAGGAUGAAGGGAUCGAUCUUGGUAAGACCAAAAAGGAAAGACGCAUGGAACAAAGACAAAAUGAUAGAGCAGACUUACAGGAUAAAACACCUGAAGAAGUUUCUGAAAUCAAGGAGCAACUGAAAACUGAAAAACCAAAGUAUACUUUAUCAGAUGAACACCGGGAGCAAUUAUUAUCCAAAAUAACGGAAGAGGAGUUGAAAGAGAUCGAAGAGCUUUUCAGCAAUGGCACUAAUAUGGAAACUAAAACAACUUUCCCAGAUAAACAAGCCAGAGGUCAAUUACAUCAAUUAUUACGAGUUGCAUUUCAAGGUAAAUUGGAAUCGGCAACCUCUCCAGAAAACACUUUCAAAAUCAUGUUAUCUAAAAAUGCCCCUAAAUCGGAUAGAAGAAGAGUUCAAGAAAGUAUCAAUCAUGUUGAUGAAAAUGGGGUUUUAAAUUAUGGAUUGGGUCAAUUCAAAAAAUAUUUACAUUUCACCGUUUAUAAAGAAAAUAGAGAAACUAUGGAGGUUGCUCAUUUAAUUUCAAAGUUUUUAAGGAUUCCUCCAAAGAAUAUCAAUUUUUCUGGUACGAAAGAUCGUAGAGGUGUUACCUGUCAAAGAUUCUCAAUUAGUAAAGGUAAAGUCGCAAGAGUUAGUUCUCUUAACAAAGGCUUAACUAAUAUCGUAUUAGGAGGAUUUUCGUACGAAGACGAUUAUCUUAAGUUGGGUGACUUGAAUGGUAAUGAAUUUACAAUUACCGUAAGAGAUAUUAAGUCAUUUAAUCCACAAGAUAAUAUAGAAGAUACCGUUGAAAAAUGUUUUAAUUCUUUAAAAAAUAAUGGUUUCAUUAAUUAUUACGGUAUGCAAAGGUUUGGUACAUUCUCCAUAUCUACUCAUGUUCUCGGGGUUCAUAUUUUGAACAGUGAUUGGAAAGCAGCUGGUGAAUUGAUUUUAUCCGAACAAGAAAUUGUUACUCCAGACUCGGUCGAAGCAAGAAGAAUUUGGGCUGAAACUUCUGAUCCAGCAUUAGCAUUAAAGAGCAUGCCUCGUCGUUACACCGCUGAAACCUCAAUUUUAAAAGCUUUGACCAAUGAAAAGAAAGGAGAAAAUGGUUACUCACAAAAUUCUUAUUAUAAAGGUAUUAUUUCAAUUCCAAGAAAUUUGAAAUUGAUGUAUGUCCAUGCCUAUCAGUCAUAUAUAUGGAACUUGGUUGCUUCAAAAAGAUUUGAAAUGUUUGGAUUAGAAGUUCAAGAAGGUGAUUUGGUAAUCAUCGAUCCUGAAGAUAAACCAAAAUCUGAAGAAGCAGAAGAUUCUGACUUUGAAGAAGAUGUUGCCACAAAUAAUUUCAUCAGAGCCAAACCAUUAACAAAAGAAGAUGUUGAACUGGGUAAAUAUAGCAUUUUUGACAUUGUUUUGCCAUUACCUGGUUUUGAUAUUCUCUAUCCAACCAAUCCACAAUUAAAACAAGUGUACAUUGACAGCAUGGCCAAAGACGGCUUGAACCCAGAUAAAAUGGGCAGAAAAGUUAGAGAUUUCUCAUUAGCAGGAUCCUACAGAAAAAUCAUGGGUAAACCAAAGAAUUUAAGUUAUAAAAUUGUUAACUAUAAGGAUGACUCUGCACCACUUCUCAGAACCGAUUUAGAGAUCUUGAGAUCUAAAAACGAAGCCAAAGAAAAGGUUGAAGAGGCUACUGCAAUCCCUCGUAUUAUUGAGUGUUCUGAUUCUGAUGCUGAUAAGAAGGCAGUUAUUCUUACAAUGCAAUUGGGUACUAGUUCUUAUGCAACAAUGGCAUUAAGAGAGUUCAUGAAAGCCGACACCGCCAGAAUGAGUCAAAACUUUAAUAAUACAAACAGCUGA